UCUCAAUCAAUUCUCAUCAUGUACACAAAAUUCCUUCCCUUGAGCCUUCUUCAGUCUCUCUCCUCGAACCCCCGUUUCCCUCUCUCUCUUCUAUUUGCUUCGUCUCUAAGAAACCAAAGGCAAUUGAAAUUUUAGAUUGGUUAUUUGGCGAUCGUUUGUGAUACACAGCGAGAGAUGCAGGAGGCAGAGCUACACGACCUGUCGGAUGAUCCCGACUACGUCGCCUCCCAACAACAGGGAUCAGGAGGCAGUGAAAAUCAGAAAUGUACCAGAAAGAGCAAUGGCCCUACUGAACCAAAUGGAUCUGAAGUAGUGUAUUCAAAGGACAAUGUUGCUAUUCACCCAACUCAGUAUGCAUCUGAGAGGAUUAGUGGACGCUUACAGCUAAUCAAGAGGGAUUUGUCGUUGUUCAUGACAUGGAUUCCGUACAAACAGAGUGCAAGUUAUGGUGUUGGGCAGGGCUCAAGAGUGAAGCUACCUGAAAAAGAUAGAAACUUGUAUACCAUCAGAGCGGUCCCACUGACGGAUGUAAGAUCUAUUCGUCGGCACACUCCUACUCUAGGCUGGCAGUACAUUAUCAUGGUCUUAACAUCUGGUCUUGCAUUCCCACCUCUCUACUUCUACAAUGGAGGUGUUCGUGAGUUUCUAGCGACACUGAAGCAGCAUGUUUUUCUUGUAAGGUCUGCAGAUGAUGCAAAUGUAUUUCUUGUUAAUGAUCUUCAAGAUCCUCUCCAGAGAAGUCUUUCCUCUUUGGAGCUACCUAGGGCGGUGCCUGUUGCGAAUGUAGCAUCUUCAAGCAGCUCCUUGGCUUCAGUUCAUUCAGAUGAUAACUCCAACCAGAGGAGUAAUGCAGAUUACCAUGAUAGCAGUUUUUCCCCUACUGAAUCUGUUGGUAGACAUAGGCAAAAGGUUCGAGACCCAGCUCGUGAUCUGUCGAUUCAAGUUCUGGAGAAGUUUUCCCUCGUUACGAAGUUUGCCCGUGAAACAACUUCGCAUCUCCUCCGUGAAAGUCAAAUUUUUGACAACAUUGGUGGCUAUGAAAAGCAGCAACAAGUACAUUCUAGUCCUGUGAAAAAUCAAGUUGGUGGAGAUCCUGUCUCGCAAGAACUGCAAGAUAAGAACCAAAUUAUUUCUGAUCCUUUGGAGAAAAUAGCUUGUAGAAAUGGAAAAUUGUGUGAAGCAGCAGCUACCCUAGUGGGAACCUUUGAGCUUAUCGAUAGUAAGGAGGCAGAGCAACAAUCUCUUGUUUGGGGGAAGCCACGACUCCCUCCUCUUGGACAUGAAGAGUGGGCUACAUUCUUGGAUGAAGAAGGGCGUAUAGUGGAUUCAAAAGCUUUAAGGAAAAGGAUUUUCUAUGGAGGAGUCGAGCAUGGUCUACGGAAAGAGGUAUGGAAAUUCCUACUAGGAUACAAUGAAUUUCAUUCCACAUAUGCUGAACGGGAGUUUCUUGAGACCAUGAAGCGCUCAGAAUAUGAAACCAUAAAACACCAAUGGCAGAGUAUAUCACCUGCUCAAGCGAGGAGAUUUGCAAAGUUCAAAGAGCGGAAGAGUCUUAUUGAAAAAGAUGUGGUAAGAACGGAUAGAUCUAUUCCAUUUUAUGAUGGAGAUGAAAAUCCGAAUGUGGGACUCUUGAGGGACAUAUUGUUAACCUUCUCCUUUUACAACUUUGAUCUUGGUUAUUGUCAGGGCAUGAGUGAUCUUUUGUCCCCAAUAUUGUUUGUUAUGGAGGAUGAGUCUGAAGCAUUUUGGUGUUUCGUUUCAUUAAUGGAACGCCUUGGGCCAAACUUCAACCGUGACCAGAAUGGCAUGCAUUCUCAACUUUUGGCCCUAUCCAAGCUGGUUGAGUUUCUAGACAGCCCCUUGCACUGUUAUUUAAGGCAGGCUGAUUGCUUGAACUUCUUCUUUUGCUUCCGUUGGAUUCUUAUUCAAUUUAAAAGAGAAUUUGUGUACGAGAAGACAAUGCGAUUAUGGGAAGUGCUGUGGACACAUUAUCUUUCCGAGCAUUUCCACUUAUAUAUGUGUGUUGCCAUCCUUAAGAAGCACCGAAAGAAGAUCAUCGAGGAGAGAAUGGAUUUCGACACGCUCUUGAAGUUCAUAAAUGAGCUUAGUUGCCAUAUUACUCUUGAAGCCACUCUCAAGGAUGCAGAGGCCCUGUGCAUUAUUGCUGGUGAGAAUAAGGCUGCAUGCAUUCCCCCAGGUACCCCUCCGUCCCUUCCUGUUGAGGGGGGGCUGCUUGAAUGAGAUUUUCUCCAUUUGCUCACUUGAGACAAUCAAGUUUGGGAUGUGCAAGUCACCCCAUUUGGUCAUUAACUACAUGUCUAUAUUGCAGCAGCUGACGAGAUUACUGUUCUCAAAUUUAGGAUGCAUGUAUAUAAUGAACAGAGUCACCUUUAUCAUUUGUUAUGAGGAGAAUAAUUCCAUAUUCUUAUUCAUGUAAAUGUGCAUCUAAACCAAAGGUGCAGUUGCUUAUCUUGAACUUCCAUUCAAUCUCCUGAUUUUCCCUAAAAAAA